AAUUAUAAUUUGCAUAGCCACCGUUAGCCGGGCGGCAUUCCCGUGCGGGCCAAGCAAUGGUGCCGCAGCCCAGGCCAAUAGGUACCAGACCAUGCCCGGCACCUGGCCCGUGGACUGGGGUGAGGACGGUAAGUACCGCGGCAUCAUCAGCAAGUAUGACGCCACGCACCCGCGAGCGCCGUGGACCAUCUACUACCCAAAGGAUGGGGAUGAGGAGAACGGCAUCUUCAAAAGGAACUUCACCGAGUGGCACGUGGAGGAUGAGGAGAACCCUGACGACCCCUUCACUGUGCGUCGGAUCCUCAAAUGGCGCGACGGCAAGCUGCCGCCAUCAAUGGUACCGCCGACGCCGCCGGACCUGGACCCCCAGGGCUUCCCUACGCUGCUAGGCAAGCACGAGGCCUUGCCGCAGCCCCCAAGCGGCUCGGAGGACGAGGGAGGCGGUGGCAGCGGCAGUAGCAGCAGUAGCUCGGACAAUGACGGGGAGGACGACGGCGAGCUGGCGGUGCGCGCACGGCGGCGGCGCAACAGCCGGGUGCAAAGCAGCAGUAGCAGCAGCGAGGACGAAGAUGAGGAUGGGCGGAAGAAGGCGCGGGGUGGGAAGGGCCGGGGAGGGGCAGCAGCGGGCGCACGAGGCCUUAAGCGCUCGUCAUCGGGACUGACAUCAACAGGGGUUGCCGGAGCAGCCUCGCCUCCAGCAAAGCGGGGGCCCGGAAGGCCGCGUAAACAUCCGCGCCCAGACGGCGAAGAGCCGCCUGCGAAGCGGCCGCGUGGCAGGCCGCGGAAAGAUGCAGGUGCGAGUGCUGGCUCGGGAGAGGGCACAGCACCAAAACGGAAGCCUGGCCGACCGCCAAAGAACGCCGCCGCAGCGACAGUGGCGGGAGGGUCGCCGCCUACUGAAACGGGUGACGGCGGCGAUGGUGGGGGCAGCCGCGGCCCAAGCGCAGAGCCGGCAGCGGGGCGGGAAGGCAGUCCAAAGGUGGAGCGCGGCGCUGCGGCUGAGGAAGGCACGGGCAACGGCCCUGCCGUGUCGUCUGAGCCUCCGGCUGGGUCCGGCGCGGGGAAGGCGGCUGGGCGGGCGUCCAGGGAUCCGCGGCUUGCCAAGGAGCCGAACGCAGAGGAGGACGGCGGCGCCGACGCUAAGCAGUUGGGUCCCGGAGCCAGUCGGCCCCCGCCUCUGCUGACCGCGGAGCAGCUGGCGAAGCGCAAGAUGUUUAACCCGGGGCCACCGCCGCGCACGGGCGGCUUGGGUGCGGUGCCCACUGCCAAGUCGCAGCGGGAGGCGGGGUACAGCGGGACGGUGAAGCUGGACCCUGGGAAGCCCGGGGGCGCCUCGGGGCCGGGGUUGGGAGCAGGAUCCGCCAAGCCUGCGCGCCCGGUCGCGGGGAUGCCCGUGCCGGCCAAGCUGGCAACGGCAGCCGGCGUGUCUGGGGCGGUCCGCGGCUCGGGCUCCGGAGCCACGGCAGUCGCCGCAGCGGCGGCCACGGUGAAGAGUGAGUCUGGAGCGGCUGGCACGGGUCAGGAGCCAGCGGGCGAUGUGCAGGCCAAGCCUUCGACCAAAGUAUCCGACGAAGCGCUAGCACAGAUACCGCAGCCGCCGCAGCUGCCGCAGCCCAUUGCGGUGUCGUUGCCGCAACCGGCCCGGCCGUUGCCGUCGCUGCCAGCCAGCCUGGCGGCUGGGCCCGCGGUGGCUGUGAAGGCGUCGCUGCCCUCCCGCGUCACCUCUGUUGUGAGCCUUGCCGCCGCCGUGGGCACAGCAGCAGAGCAGGGGCAGGGGGCCGCGGGCGGCGGUGGCGGCGGUGGCGGUGGAAUGACAGGCAGCACCGCCCGGCUGCUGCCGGCCGUGCCCGCGCUCGCAGCGAUCAUGCCGGCAGCAGCCAGCGCCGGCGCCGGAGCAGCACCUGGCGCCGGGGCCGCUGGGACCGCCGCCGCGGCGGCUGCGAGCGCGGUCGUGGCGGCGGAGGCGCUUUCGGCGGCGGCGGAGGCGGCGCUGCGCAACGGCUCCACGCCGGAGGCUGCGCCGGCGGACGUGCAGCAGCUGCUGGGGCAGCAGCUGGGGCGGGCGCUGGACGCGCUCACCAACAGCCAGAACGCCAUCAAGGCCACCGCCAACGCGGCGGCGGCCAUGGUGCGCGCCGUAGGCGCUAACCGCGUGGCGCGGGGCUUCUUUGAUAAGCUGAAGGAGCUGGGCGAGGAGGCGGCGGUGCUGGCGCCCGAGGGCUGCGGCGGCGACGCCACGGGCGACGAGCGCGUGGCCGGCGUGCUGUCGCGGCGGCUGCACGUGCUGUACGUCAUGGACAGCCUGCUGUACCGGUCCACCAAGGGUCAGGAGGCGGCCAUGGUGGGCUGGCCGCACAUGCUCAGUCGGGGGCUGCAGUCGGCGCUGCGGCUCAAGGCCGUCACUGCGGAUCACGUGCGAGCCGUGCGCAAGGUGGUGGAGGUGUGGAAGCGGCGCGACAAGCUGGACGGCGGCGUGUUGGCCAUGGCGGAGGCCAUCCUGGCGGAGCAGGAGGGCCUGCUGCGGCCGGAGAGCCAGCAGCACCUGCAGCCGCCGCAGCACAAUGCGCAGCAGCAGCAGGGGCCGCAGGCCGCGAACGGCGGGCCCGGACAGGACGGCGGCGAUCCCGAUGGCGGGCGCGGGCACUUGCGCAGGCGCAAGCACUACAUCGUGGCCCUGCCGCGGCCGGUGCGGCUGCACCGCAUCUUGUACGGCAGCAGCAGCAGCGGCUACGGCGGCUGUACGGAGAUGGAGGAGUACUACGUCAACGGCUUCGGCCCUCUGGCCAACCGCUGCAUGCUGGACAACCCCUAUGGCAGUUUGUCGGGGGCGCACGCGGCAGGCGGCGCGGCUGCUGGGGAGGAGGGCGCGGCGGUGGGCUCUGGGAAGGGCGAGCCGUGGGGCCGGCUGGUGGAGGUGGACUUCGCGCUGGAUGACGACGAGCCUGACUUUUCGGGCACGGUGACUUGGCGCGAUGUUGUGGCGGUGCAGCUGCCGCAGUUCAACCCCGCCUCGCCGGCGCGCGGCGGCCCGCCGCCGGCCGUGGUGACGCCGCCGCACCCCGACCUGGAGCACCUGCUGCGCAGCGGCCGCCGCGGCGCGCAGCACACGCCCUCUGUCACCCGCUACCCCGGCGCCGCCAGCGGCGGGCAGGCCUUCGGCACGCCCCUGAUGUCCAGCGGCGCUGGCGGUGGUGGUGAUGCUGCGCUGGCGGAGCCGCCGCUCCGCACCACUAGCGGGCCGCCCAUCAUCGGCCUCACGCCGCCUGCUGUCGACGAUGAGCUUGACACGUGGGCGUACGGUGGCGAGCUUGGAACGGGCGGCGCUUCGCGGCCGGCGGCGGCGGCGGCGGGGCCGUCCGCACCGGGCACGGCUGGUCGCGGCGGCAGCGCGGCGCCGCCGAGCGUGGGGCCGGGCGGCCGCGGCACGGGGGCUGGGGGCGAGGAGGAGGGCGGCGCAAACUUGUUUGACAUGCCGGCAGCGCCCAGCCACGAGGUCGCCUCCACAGGCCGCAGGUCCGACUGGGGCGACGACGUGGACAUGGACGUGUCAGACGAGGAGGGCGAGGCGCCCGACUGGCAGCCGCCGCUGCCCGACGCCGGCGGCGGGGCCGCGGGGCCGCCCCCCGGUGCGCCGCCGGCCCUGCCCGGCAUGCCCUCGGCCGCGACGCUGUCGCUGCUGCAGGCGGUGGGACCCAUGGCGGGCAUGCACAUGGACCCAAUAGCCGCCAUGUUGGGCGGGGCUGCGGCGCUCACCUCGUUGGGCUUCGUGCCGCCGCCGGCGCCGCCACCGGGCAUGCUGCUGGGCAUGCCGCUGCCGCCGCCAGGCUGGCUACCGGGUCUUGUGCCGCCGCCGCCACAUUCAGGCGGCCUGGCGAUGCCGCCGCCGCCGGGCGCCCCGCCGCCGCCGCACCACCAUCACCACCAUCACCACAACCAGCCGCCGCCCCUUCCACCGUCAUCGUCGCCGCAUCCACCGCUGCCAGCCCCCCCACCCGUGCCGCCGCCGCCGCCCUCGCCGCCGCCGCCCCCGCCGCUGCCCAUGGCACCAGGCGGGUCGCCGCCACCUCUACCCCACCACUCACCUCCGCCGCUGCCACCACCUAUGCCGCACCACUCGCCGCCGGGUUCAGACCACAGGCCGCCGCUGCCUGCUGACGCACCACCCAUGCCGCAAGGCGGCGGUCCUGAUGCCGCUAAAGCAAACAGCACCUCGCCCUCUGCCGCCGGCCCAGGUGGCCGCAGGCAGCUGCCGCCGCACCUACAGCCCACGCUACACGCCAGCGCCAGCAAGCCCACAACCGCGGCAGCUGCCACCCCAGCACAUGCCGCGCCGCAUGUAACGGCGGCCUCGAAUGGCGGUGGCGGCGGCGGCGGCAGCAAGGUGCAAGAGCCCGCCACGGGCACUACGGCAGCAGCAGCAACGACCUCGCCCGGUCCAGAGCAAGGCAGCACCGCUGUGGGCGCCAGCCGGCCGGACGUGCGGGCGCCCGAGCCUAGUGCACGGCCAGGGCCCGGUUCAAGGCCCGCCGCAAUAGCGGAGGCGCGGCAAGCGUAUCGGCCACUGGCGGACCGGCUGCAGCGCUCGCCGUCCGACUCCGGGUCGGACUCAGGCUCGAGCUCUGAUUUUGAGGAUCGCAUGCCGAGGCAGCGGUCUAUCAGCGACGCCGGCACGGGCGGGGGCGGUGCAGCAGGCGGGCGCGGCAGCAGCCGCGAGCGGGAAAAGAAGAAGAAGCACAAGAAGAAGAAGCACAAGGACAAGAGCAAGAAGGACAAGGAACGGGAGAAGGAGAAGGAGCGUGGCGAGCGGGAAAAGGAGCGGGAGCGCGAGCGGGAGCGGGAGCGCGAGCGCGAGCGGGAGGGGGAGCGCAGCAAAGAGCCACGGGGCAAGGAGCGCGAGUGGGAGCGACAGCGGGAGACAGCCGCUGCCGUCACACAGCCGCAGCCGCAGCCGCGAAUGGACCGCGACCGCUCGGACCGCAGGGACCGGGAACGCGCCGGGUAUGACCGGGCGGAACGAAUGGAGGGAGACACCAGGGACCGUGGCGCACCGCCGCCGCCGCUGCCGCCGCUACCGGCGCACACGAGAGUUGGCCGCGACCGAGAACAGGAGCGGGACAGGGACAGGGACCGGCAUUACGACCGGGAGCGCGACGCCCGGGAACGGGAGCGUCAGGAGCAGGAGUGGCAGCGGGAGCGCGACAGGGACCGGGAUCGGGACCGGCGCUCUGCGCCGCUGCCGCAGCAGCAGCCACCACCAGGCCGAAUGGACGCCCGCGAUGAGCCGCGGAACGUUGGCCGCGGCGGCCGCGGCGAUUACCGCCCGCCCUUCCUGCCGCCGCCGCAGCCGGGACCACCGCACCGCGGUCACCACGACCCGCAUGACCGCGACCGUGAUUGGGAGCGGCAGCAGGACCGUGACCUGCGGGACCAUCGUGACAGCCGGGAGCAGCGUGAGCAGCGCGUACAGCGCGAGCAGGAGCGGGAGCAGGAGCGGGAGCGUGGAGAGCAGCGUGCUGGCCGCGGCCGUGGCGAGCCCGCGCCGGCCCCACAGCCGCCUCGUUCUAACGUGCAUCGAGAGCAGGAGAGGACGCUUGUGGGCGAGGAUAGCGCAGACGGCGGCGCGAAGGGUGGCCGGGACAAGCCCCAGCACGACGCCUCAGCUGCGGUUUCUGGGCAUCCUACAGCGAACGGGCACUCGGCGGUGCAGCACGCUUCGCGCGCGGAGCCGAGCGGUGGGCGAGGCGCCACCGGCCAUGACAAGGCACCGCUGGAGCCAGGUCCGCCCAGACGUGAGGACGGCGUCCGGCCCGAGCAGGCAGCGGCGGCGGCUGAGGCCGGAACCGCCGGCGCGGCGGUCAGGGGUACGCCGGCAGGUGCGGCGGCUGUAGCAGGGAGAGGCAGUGCUGGUGCAGGUCCAGCGGGGGCGGCGAGGCCGGCAGACGCUGGUGCGGCGCGCGGCAAGGUGUCUGAAGACGGCGAGGUGGCGGACGGGGACGUCUCACCCGGCGUUGCAUCCCAUUUGGGCCGGGCAGCCGGCGCAGCCACACUGGAUGGUGCUGCCCUCGACGGCGCCAGGGCAGCCAGGGCGGCAGGGCGGCCGCCCCUACACCGACCGGCUGAACAGCAGCGGCCGCCGCAGCAGCAGGCAGAGGUGGAGGAAGGGGAGGUUGAGCUGCCGGGGCCGCCCCCGUUGGGCAAGCAGGAUUCCAGUCACGGGCGACGGCAGCCCAUCGUGUGGGGCACUGGAGGAAAGGCGCCGGCAUCCGCUGCGACCCGCAGCCCUGACGCGUCGCUGCAGCCUCAGCCGGGGCACCUGUCGCAGCAACAGCAACAGCAGCAGCAGCGCAAGCGCGACCCAAUUAGUUUUACGUUGGCCCCACGCUCUGCGUCGCCUCCUGCCGAAUCACGGCCACGCGCGCCCACCACACUUGCAGGUGGGGGGCGCCAGCCGCCGGCUCAGACUCAGGAGCACGGCCGUCAGCCCCCGGCAGGCGGCGGAACCGGUGGAGCCGGUGGCGGCGGUGGGAAGGCCAGGCUGCGCCCAGGCCUGGCCCUGCGGCUGAGUCACCUGGAGGGGGAUGACGCGGACGAGGAGCACCUGCAUGCGCCGCCCAGCGCUGGCCACGGCGGAGGAGGGAAGCGGCGGCGGCGCGGCUCUGGCGACGGUGAAGGGCGCGGCGGCCGCCAGAAAAGGUCGCAAUCACCGAUGGAUUAGCGAAAACGUAAAUGGCCACGCAAGAAGGAUGUGUAGCCGGUGUGGAUGAUUGUCCAGCUGUGCAUUGCCUGGAGGGAGCAACUGCGCGGGUUGACAUGUUUGCAGAGACACGCGCGCGUGGGGUGGUACGGAAAUGACUUGUUUGCUUGGGCCCUGAUCUUUGCAUGUUGGUCAUAAGAGAUAUUGCUGUGGUGUAGCGAGGCGCCCCAACCCCAACAGAGGAUCUUUGUACAGCUACCCAAGAAGGCUCGGGUUCACUGUAUGCAGCAGUGUAUUAUUGCGCCUGCGGCUGCAGCGGGGCGGAGUGUAGCCAGACAUCACGCAUCACGGCAUCAGCUUAGAGCUUAGGAUCGGCAGGUUAGGUAAGAGAGGUGGCUUAGCAUCAGGUUGGGCAAGGGAGGUGUCCUCUCUCAUUCUAAUACGUGAUACCGGCAGCUACUGAACUCAAGCUCGCUGCACUUUCCAACCCAUGUCGAUUACACUC